GCUGGUGCGAGAGUUCGUGGCUCAGAACAACACGUCCCAGAUCAAACACGUGAUCCAGAUCCUGUCCCAGGAGUUUGCCCUCUCACAGCACCCCCACAGCAGAAAAGGGGGACUCAUUGGCCUGGCCGCCUGCUCCAUCGCCCUGGGCAAGGACUCUGGGCUCUACCUGAAGGAGCUGAUUGAGCCAGUGCUGACGUGCUUCAACGACGCCGACAGUCGGCUGCGGUACUACGCCUGUGAGGCCCUCUACAACAUCGUCAAGGUGGCCAGGGGCUCUGUCCUGCCCCACUUCAACGUGCUCUUCGAUGGCCUCAGCAAGCUAGCUGCUGAUCCCGACCCGAACGUCAAGAGCGGCUCCGAGCUCCUCGAUCGGCUUCUCAAGGACAUCGUGACAGAGAGCAACCAGUUUGACCUGGUGGGCUUCAUUCCACUGCUGCGGGAGAGGAUUUACUCCAACAACCAGUAUGCCCGCCAGUUCAUCAUCUCCUGGAUCCUGGUCUUAGAGUCCGUGCCUGACAUCAACCUUUUGGAUUACCUGCCUGAAAUUCUGGAUGGGCUCUUCCAGAUCCUGGGAGACAACAGCAAGGAGAUAAGGAAAAUGUGCGAGGUGGCUCUCGGGGAGUUCCUCAAGGAGAUCAAGAAGAAUCCCUCCAGUGUCAAGUUUGCAGAAAUGGCCAACAUCCUGGUGAUCCACUGCCAGGCGGCGGAUGACCUGAUCCAGCUGACAGCCAUGUGCUGGAUGAGGGAGUUCAUCCAGCUGGCCGGCCGGGUGAUGCUGCCCUACUCCUCGGGGAUCCUGACGGCUGUCCUGCCCUGCCUCUCCUACGACGACCGCAAGAAGAACAUUAAGGAGGUGGCCAACGUAUGCAACCAGAGCCUGAUGAAGCUGGUCAUCCCAGAGGACGAUGAGACGGAUGAGGCCAAGCAGUCCAUGGCCCUACCAGCAGAGCCCACCUCAGAGGAGUCCCUCUCCAAGCCGGAGGCAGCAUCCAGCGGCUCUCUGGAUGCAUCUGGUGACUCCAACUUCAGCAACAGUAGUGUCUUCACAGUAACCAGCUCCGAGAGGAUCCAGGUGACCCUGAACCUGGAUGGAAUAGUUCAGGUGCUGGACUGCCACCUUCACGACAUGUCAUCCAUUGGGAUGAUGACCAGAAUCGCAGUGCUGAAGUGGCUCUACCACUUGUACAUCAAGACUCCUCGUAAGAUGUUCCGACACACCGACAGCCUCUUCCCCAUCCUGCUGCGGACGCUCUCAGACGAGUCAGAUGAG